AGUGGACUCUCUGUCUUUUUAUGUAUUCCUUCACCUAAUCUCUCAUCCUUUCUUCAUCGGUCAACAUUUUCUCAAACUCUCUCUAAUCCAUAAAAAUGGAAGCAGUAACGGCGAUUAAGCCACUUAUCAGAGUCGCUGCUCUCUCUGGUUCUCUCCGGAAAACCUCCUUCCAUACUGGUCUCCUCCGCGCUGCGAUUGAUUUGACGAAAGAAUCGGUUCCGGGAUUGCAAAUUGAGUAUAUAGAUAUAUCACCGUUACCGUUAAUUAACACGGAUCUUGAAGUCAACGGUACUUAUCCUCCAGUUGUUGAAGCUUUCCGACAGAAGAUUCUUGAAGCUGAUAGUAUCUUGUUUGCUUCUCCUGAGUAUAACUUCUCUGUUUCAGCUCCACUUAAGAAUGCUCUUGACUGGGCUUCAAGACCACCUAAUGUUUGGGCGGACAAACCAGCUGCUAUUAUAAGCACCGGUGGAGGUUUUGGUGGAGGAAGAUCGCAGUACCAUCUUCGACAAAUCGGAGUCUUCCUUGAUCUUCAUUUCAUCAACAAACCCGAGUUUACUCUCAAUGCAUUUCAGCCACCUCAGAAAUUUGAUGCAGAAGGAAACCUUGUCGAUGAAGUGACUAAGGAGAGGUUGAAACAAGUCCUUCUCUCGUUACAAGCAUUCACACUUCGACUUCAAGGUAAGUAAAUGAAGUGGAUUAAUUCUUGAUCAUUUGAGAUUGGUCGUGUGAUAAAAAUAAUGCCAAUUGUUGUGAUAAUAAACAGUGUAUAACACUCUAUUUCUCAUUCAUUUAUGUUUUAUUAAACGAUUGGUGAACUGGUGAUUUUGUUUUGUCCAAGCAACGAGAUUCUGAACCCAAAACUCACAAGUGUUUUACGAAACUUAAAAAAUGGUUAGGA